UGGCAGGGGAGAGGGAGGAGAGGGAGGAGAGACAGGGAGGGAAGCUGGUGAAGCCGCGGAUAUUCAUGAAAACGCCAAGUGUUUUUUCUCUCUCUCUCUCUCUUCCUUCCUUCCUCUCUCUGGCUCCGUGUUGAUCCACCGCUAUGAGAGACGGAGAGAAGCGGGGGAGACAGGAGGGGAAGGAGGCAAGUGAAAGCAAGAUGAGGCCCAGCCCAUCUUGCCAUUGAUCUUCGGGCGAUCAAGGGAGGCAGAUUCAAGGAUGGAUUCUGGCAAAUCAAGCCAGAAGCUUUGACAUUAAGGCUUCUCAGAUGAGGUCGUGCUCGACGUGUCUUCCUAAACAGGAUUUGGAUCCACAUGACCAAUCAGACUGCAGAAAACUGACCUGAGAUGGGAGAGACCUGAUGCAGAUUCCUCUAUGAUCCGUUUAUAUUUUUAAUUGCUGUUCAUAUGGGAUCACAGCAGGUUAAUGUCAUGCGACUGAUGCUGCAAGUCGGAUGAGUAUUUACGAAAACUUGGAUAAAGCUUUUCUUCAGCAUCAUGAACUUUGACCAGGAGCUUCCACUGGCUUGCCUGGCCAAAGGAGGACCACAUGGAGGGACAAUUUUGAUUUUUCUUUCCUCUACCUUUGGCUUUUGAGAAGACAACAGAUCAAAACAAACAUCAUCAGCCUCCAUCUGGACCUGGAGCCUCGGCGGGGCAUAUAAAUGCUCCUGUGCUGGUUUGCGGCAGCAGGACGCCUGAUUUCGGCCACCUGAACACUGAGCUGUGGACGGAGUGCGAGCGAGGCGCUUGGCUGGCUGAGUCAGCUCCAAUGGGGGCCGGUUGUGACCCGGUCUGACCCCGGUUUGACCUUGCAGUGACCUCUGACCUCUCCGGUCCUGGCUCUCCACCUGCUCUGCUGCCUGGGUUCCGGAACGCUCCGCCCUGGGGCCCAGAACGAGCCAAUCAGGAUGAAGAAGAGCCGCAGCGUGCUGUCGGUGACUGGAGAAGAGGGAAAUGACACAGAUCUAACAGGUGCUGGGGAGAAGGCGGAGUCAUCUCGCUACAGCCGAUCUUAUACAUCCGGCGCCACGCUGGGGGCUGAGCUACGCAGAGGGAGGAGCAGAAGACUCUCGCCUAGUCUCCAGGUACCCUGCUGGCUCCGCCCUCGAGAUCGCACCCGAUCACCAGAGGUCCUGAGCAACGUGUCGCGUCCAACAACUCUUCCCCUUCGUAUCCCACCUCGCAUCUCCAUCACACAAGCAGACGCCGACAGUUACGAAGCAGAAAAUGGCGUGUCCCCGAGCCACACCCCUCUGGGCUCCCAAAGUCCGAGCCUCACCUUGCACACGUCCUUCCCCCAGGGCCAGAGAAGAGAGUCCUUUCUCUACCGCUCUGACUCGGACUACGACAUGUCGCCUAAGACGGUCUCACGUAACUCUUCCCUCGCCAGCGAAGGGCACACAGCAGAGGACUUUAUUGUCACACCUUUUGCUCAAGUACUGGCAAGUCUGCGAUCAGUACGGAGCAACUUCACCAUCCUUGCCAACGUCUCCACACCAACAGUCAAGAGGUCUCCUCUGGGUGGGGUGUGCGUCAGUCCCAGGGCGACACUAUCAGACCAGCAGUACCAGCAGCUCGCCCUGGACACGCUGGAGGAGCUGGACUGGUGUUUGGACCAGCUGGAGACCAUUCAGACACACCGCUCUGUCAGCGAAAUGGCCUCCAACAAGUUCAAGAGGAUGCUGAACAGAGAGCUGUCCCACCUGUCAGAGAUGAGUCGCUCUGGGAACCAGGUGUCUGAGUACAUCUCCAGCACCUUCAUGGACAAGCAAAACGAGGUGGAAAUCCCGUCUCCUACUCUGAAAGACAAGCCUAUGAGUCACAUCAGUGGAGUGAGGAAACUGUCUCACAGCUCCAGCCUCUCCAGCACCUCAAUGCCUCGCUUCGGCGUCAACACAGACCACGAGGAUGAGCUUGCCAAGGAGCUGGAGGAUCUGGACAAGUGGAGUUUUAACAUAUUCAGAGUAGCAGAGUUCUCCAACAACAGACCUCUCAGCUGCAUCAUGUACGCCAUCUUCCAGGAGCGAGAGCUGUUGAAGACAUUUCGUAUCCCAGUUGACACUUUUGUCACUUAUGUGAUGACCCUGGAGGACCAUUACCAUGGAAACGUAGCCUACCACAACAGCCUCCAUGCUGCUGAUGUCACACAGUCCACACAUGUCCUCCUGUCCACACCUGCUCUUGAUGCCGUCUUCACUGACCUGGAGAUCCUCGCCGCUCUCUUCGCUGCAGCUAUCCACGAUGUGGACCACCCCGGAGUCUCCAACCAGUUCCUCAUCAACACCAACUCCGAGCUGGCUCUCAUGUAUAACGAUGAGUCAGUGUUGGAGAACCACCACCUCGCUGUGGGCUUCAAGCUUCUACACCAGGAAAACUGUGACAUCUUCCAGAACCUCACCAAGCGGCAGCGCCAGAGCCUUCGCAAGCUCGUCAUCGACAUGGUGUUGGCCACAGACAUGUCCAAACACAUGACUCUGCUGGCUGAUUUGAAGACGAUGGUGGAGACCAAGAAGGUUACAAGUUCCGGCGUGUUGCUGCUGGAUCACUACACAGAAAGAAUACAGGUGCUGAGGAACAUGGUGCACUGUGCAGACCUGAGCAACCCCACCAAAACAUUACCACUAUACAGACAGUGGACGGAGAGGAUCAUGGAGGAGUUCUUCCGACAGGGUGACAAAGAACGAGAGAGAGGGAUGGAGAUCAGCGCCAUGUGUGACAAACACACUGCAUCUGUAGAGAAGAGUCAGGUGGGUUUCAUCGACUACAUCGUCCACCCGCUGUGGGAGACGUGGGCCGACCUGGUGCACCCCGACGCCCAGGAGCUGCUGGACACGCUGGAGGAGAACAGGGAGUGGUACCUGAACACCAUGCCCCAGUCCCCCUCACCUCCUCCAGACAGACACCUCCAGCACGACCGCUUCCAGUUCGAACUCACCCUGGAGGAUCUGGAGCACAACAACCACAACCACAUACACCUGAGGAACAGCAGCAGCAGCAGGAAUGGGAGGGGUGGCCAGAGAGCCACCUGCGACGACGGAAACAUAGACAGAACGCUGGAUGGCCAGCCGGAAACGAACGGAGAGGAGCAGAACCACGUGGGAACCGAGAAGGACGACGAGGAGAAUCACAACAGCAAACACAACGGAGUCCAGGAUGAAGAAGAGGAGGGAGAAGAAGCAGAGGAGGUGCAGGAAGAAGAGCAGCAUCAGGAGGAGCAAGUAGAAGAGGAAGCGAAUAAUGAGGAAGCAAAAGAAGAGGAGGAGCAACAUCAGGAAGGAGAAGAAGAGCAGGAGGAGGAAGAGGGUGACGAGGAAGUGGAAAAUGAUGAAGGGGGUGAAGAAAAUGAGGAGGCAGAUGGACAGGAAAAUGUAGAAGUAGAAGUGGAAAUAAACAGAGAGAAAGAGGAUGAAGAAGAAGCAGAAGUGGAGGGAGAGACAGAGGAGAAUGAGGCAGAAAAAGAGGCGGAUGUAGAACAAGAGGAGGGUGAUACAGAGGAGAAAGUAGAAGAAGAGAAGGCAAAAACAGAAGAUAAAGCUGAGGAGGAGGAGGAGGGAGAAACAGAGGAGAAUGAGGCAGAAAAAGAAGAGGAUGUAGAACAGGAGGGGGGUGAUACAGAGGAGAAAGUAGAAGAAGAGGAGGCAGAAACAGAAGAUAAAGCUGAGGAGGAGGGAGAAACAGAGGAGAAUGUGGAAGAGGAAGAGGAGACAGCGGAGUUAGAAGAAGCAGAGGAGGAAGAAGAAAAAGAGGAAGAGGAGAGUUAGUCUGCUGUAAAAUCACAAAUUAACAGGGUCAGCGAGGAAAGGUUAAGGAGGGAUAAAGAGGCCCGGAGAGGCUGCGGCAGGCAGCAGUGUGGCUGUAGCAGAUGAUAAACAGCUGCAGAAGCUCUUCUUUCCAGAUAAUGUGCUCUGACCACUUUAUCAUGUGACCCUCUCAGCUGAAGGCCAGUUCUUGCUUAAUUUCAGCCGUCUUAAAAAGAGACGUUCAAGACCAACAGUGCAGCACCGGACAAACAAAACCUCUCCUUCCCGAACAGCCAGAUUGUUGCAGCGAGCUCGUCAGCAGGUAGUGACAGACUGACUCGAGUCUUCUUCACCUGCUGUCUGUACAUCCAUCACUGCCGUCGGGGAUAAACUGGGGCAUAAUAAUAAUAAUGAUGGUAAUAAUAAUAAUAAACAGGAGGGUACCUGUUUUAUUGACCUUUUGUAGCUCCUGAAAAUCUUUAAAAAAAAAAAAAAACCUGAACUGAAAUACGUACAUGCAAAUAAGUGCGUGCCUGUUCUGCUGUUCUUAUAGACUUCCACCCAUCGUCUCUCGGUCACCGUCUCUGUCUUGUUGCUGAGGAAGAUAACAUCACACACACAGCGACCAUUACCUAAGAACAACUGCUAAAGGAAUGUUGACUUCCUCUGUUUGUCAGAAAAGAGACAAAAAAAUGCAAAAAAAAAAGUCUGGAAAGUGUAGUCUGUCGUCUUAUAUUUACUACAAAACUUUCCACCUGCAAACUGGAGUGCACCUUUGGGCUCUGGUCUGGGAACAGUUAGACCUCCUCACAUACUAACCUUAAAGCAACAAUGCUGGAUUUCUGAAACCAUUUCUGAAUACUACCGGAACUGUUUUCUCAAAGUGGAAACAUUUUGCAGUGCAGCUCAAAAAGGCUGAUCUGUUCUAUGUGUCGAUGUCAGUUCAUGUUUAAGAAAAAAAAACACCCAGUAUUCGUUCCAUUGCGACAGAUUCACCUGAAUCGUGCCAAACUGUCCCACGACCAGCACUGAGCAAUUCAGCCUCCAGGCAUAGGUGGCUACUCGUCACGAAGCAAUGAAACUCUGGGACCAGGCCAGCGGGUGUGAUGGUCUUCCACAAAUCCCUUUUUUUUGUUGUGUUUGGUUUUGUAAAAGAAAACAAAACAUAUUUGGCACUUUAUCUAACACCCCUGUUACAUAUAUGUACAUAAUAAACAUGUAUUUUAAUCUGCUGAUAUCAUAUAAUAAAUACGAUCAAUGAAACUGA